AUGUCUUCGACACUACUGGAAGUAACCAGGUCUAAACAUGAGCAAGUAGAACGUUUUGAACGUUUGAUCAUCAAAGAUUUUGAGAAUGAACCAACUUCAGACCGUGAACGCCUCUUUCAGGAUCAUAGAGUUCGUAACGUGAUCGAAGCUGUUACAUCCUCCACUGAAAAUCUUAUCGAGAUUUACCAAGACAACGAUAGUGCCAGGAAGGAUGAAAUUGCUGCACUGGGAGCCCAAACUGCUGCCGGGACAGGAAUCGAAGCUGCGUUGAGUGCCUUUUAUGAUGGGUUGAAGGAGAUUCAUGAAUAUCACAAGCGCCAUCCAUAUUCUCGUGCUUUGGAGGAGUCUGAUCAGGAGUUACUACUGAAAGAAGAACCGCAUGUGGAGUUUAGUGGCGAGGAAGAACCAUUGCAAGACCUUGAUCGAUUAUUUUCAAAGGUAGAAACUGAUUUUAAACAUCUUUGGGAGGAUGGCAAGAAGAGUAAGGGUCUGGAAAACGGGAGCGACGUUUCAUCUCAGAAUUCAAUUGAUCUCGUCGACUACAGUACAGUGGAUGAAUUAGUAACAGAAGUGGCGGGCAAUCGUGAGAAAGAAAAAGAAUUAAAAAAGGCAUUGAGUGCUUUGGGAUUGAAGUCAGGUGGCACUGUUCAACAACUCGCAGAGAGGCUUUUCCUGACGAAGCACAUGCCUGUUGAACAAUUGGACAAAAAGCACUUUGUGAAUGGUGCCGCCGCAUCACAAGACACAGAGCUCAAGGAAAUUGCCCUGAAAGAGUUAAAGAUGAAACGACUGUGCGAAAUGCUCAAGGAGACUAUCCAACAAACUAAAGAAAAUGUCCAGAGGAAACAGGCAUUGACAGCUGAUGAAAGGCAAAAAGAAAUUGAUGAGGAGGACAUAAGGAAAGUGAAACAAGUUGACAUAGAUAGUGACGACGAAGAAGAGCAGAAGAUCUAUAAUCCUCUCAAGUUGCCAAUGGGUUGGGAUAACAAGCCUAUUCCGUACUGGUUAUAUAGGCUUCAUGGUCUUGGCCAGGAAUUUAAGUGCGAGAUCUGUGGGGAUCAAAGUUAUUGGGGUCGCAGAGUCUUUGAACGGCACUUCAAUGAGCCGCUUCAUCAGCGUGGUAUGCGACGUCUUGGUAUCCCCAACACCAAGAGCUUCAGAGAAGUUACGUCGAUUCAGGAAGCUAAAGCGCUGUGGGAAAAGAUACAAGCAAGGCAAAAGGAGAAGAAGUGGCUGCCAGACCUUGAAGAAGAGUACGAAGAUAGGGAGGGUAACAUCUAUAACAAAAAGGUGUAUAACGAACUGCGACGCCAGGAGCUGAUCGUAUGAAAUUGCAUACGGAUACUCUCUCCAGCGAAUUCAGUUUUUUAUGAGAAACCGUAUGAAAUCGCAUCUUAUAUUUUAUUCAUUUUGUAGGCAGAGAACUCAAAAGAGAGAUUGUGAGUUGUCAGUUACGUUUGCUGUGUUUUUGUCAUCAAGCUUAGGUUCUGAAUAGACCUAUUCAGCUCUUUGCAAGUAUUAUAAUUUUGUUCUUAUGUGAAUGUGUCGUUUGA